UUAACCAAAGUCUUUCAGUUCUGUCUUUGCUUUUAAUCAAUCAUCACUCAGUCAAGCUAUAUCAAUCCCAUCCAAUCUACAGCUCCACACUCAGUCACUAAUCUUCAAUUUCUACCUUCCAAUCUUACCACAGCAUCUCAACCUCUAGCCAUGGCCCAACCCACGCCGCUCUUCACGCUCCCCAUCCCCAUCUCCUCUCCUCUCCAAUCGCAGCCGGGCACCCUGACUUGCACGACCCCUUCUACCUUACACCCUAAUCUCUAUCUCCUCACCUUCUCCUCACCCCCCGACAACCGUCUCACAACCACUUUCUGCCAAGCCUUCAUGCACGCUCUCGAUAUCCUCGAAGUCUCCUACCCAGUCGGCGCAAUUUGCAUAACCUCCGCAAUCCCCAAAUUCUUCUCCAACGGUCUAGAUCUCACCCAUGCUACUGAAACGGAAGGGUUCUGGGACAAGACUCUAUAUGCGCUAUGGAAACGAUUAUUAACGUAGGUUCUGCCAUUUCCUCAUUUCUUAGCUCCAGAAUGAUAAUUCAAUCUCUAACCAUUGCACAAAACACAGCUAUCCCAUGCCAACCAUAUCUCUCCUUCCCGGACACGCCUUCGCCGGCGGUCUCAUGACGGCCAUGUACACCGACUACCGAGUUUUCAACCCAAGCCGAGGCUACCUCUGUCUCAACGAGCUCGAAUUUGGCGCUCCUCUUAAACCACCAAUGUCCUCUAUUUUCCGCCAAAAACUGCCCUCUCCUGCUACCUACCGUUCUCUCGUGCUUGAAGCGAAACGCUUCAACGGCGAGGCCGCGUUAAAGGAAGGACUUGUGGAUGCUUUAGGAGGAUGGGAAGAUGUGUUGAAGUUGGUUGAUGAGCGGAAAUUGUUGGAGAAAGGGAAGACUGGGGUCUAUGGGGCGUUGAAGGCGGAGAUGUGGAGGGAGAGUUUGGGUUACCUGGAGGCGCAUGCGGAGAAUGAGGAAAGGGAUGGAAUGAAUAUGGAUAAUGAAGUGAAGAGGAAAGAGGAUGCUAAAUCCAGGGUCGCUGAAUGGGAGAAUCAGGCAAAAAAGACGUCGAAAUUAUGAAAAGAUGAUAUUGUUAUAUCUAGCAGAUAACGCUAUACGCCUAAAGGUAUCACCUUGACCAUACCGUGGUCAACCAAUCAAUACUGUAAUAAUACUAUACAAGAUAAUCCCACAAGCCUAUAACUCUCUUUUUGUAGAACCACCAACACCAUACCUCGAUGAUUA